AUGGCACGGAAGGCGGCCACUAAGGUACCCGUUCCUCCUACGCUGGGCGAGGACGCCGCGGAGCGCAAGCGCGUGUUGAACAUCUUAGCACAAAGAAGAUAUCGGAAGAGGAAGAAGGAGCGCCUGCAAGCGCUAGAGUCUCGGGCUAAAAGCUCCGCGCUUCCUAGUGAUACUGUCUUGUCUGAUCAGCAUGACAGUCAAUCCAGUGGGACCUCGUCAAAGACUGGCAUGGUUGUGCAUGAGACGUCGAAGAAUAUCGCUGAAGAGAGCGCCUUUACUACCUCUAAUAAUACCCGUCUUGUGGAUCUCACAGACCUCAAUUUCAACUAUAUGGAUGCAUCCGUCAACGGUGGCUUCAGUAACGCCGAAUCGAACAGCGAUCAGUACACUACAAUAUGGCCCAAGUCUCGAGGACUAACCUCUUCUAACUUGCAAACAUCAGCGAUUUUCGACCCAGACACAUCGCUUGCACUUCCAGCCUCGACUGUGGGGGAUACCUUCUGGGGUCAAUUGGCAGAGAGCUUUGAUUGGAACUUGGAGUCUCACGGUCUUGAUAAUAUCGAGAAUCACCUUGCAGAGACACUGCCGCUGAAUAUAGACGGCACAUACGAUUUAUCCGCUGAGCUCCAGGCCGACGAUACUUCAUUCUUCACAUUUCCGGAUGAUCGAAUACUCGAAGUCCCUUCCCUGACUUUACUCAAUGCUGCUGUGAAAGUAGCACAGCGCUUGAACAUCCACGGCUUGAUUUGGGACUUCACUGCUGUCAGUCCAUUCUAUAACCCCGCCAGCUCAAAUAACUCCAUCUCGUCGCCUCCCUCUCUGCAAUCCGGUCUAUCAACCUCGGCAACAUCGCCCGCAAGCUCAGUCGAUCUGACCGAACUUCCAUCCCACUUGCUUCCAACGCGUACUCAGCGCUUGAUUCCUCAUCAUCCGAUUAUUGACCUUCUUCCUUGGCCGAGUACUCGGGAUAAGCUGAUCCAAGUGUUCCAUCUCCCUGUCAGUCUACGGCCAGAGACCGCUCGGGAUCCGAUGGGUCUCCUUCGAUUGGUGUAUGAUAUGGAAGACGGAGGUGGCGAAGGGAUGAGGAUUAGCGGUGAUGAUCCCUUUGAGCCAUCUGUUUGGGAGAUAGGACAGGUUGUCUUUGAGAGAUGGUGGUGGGCAUUUGAGAUCAGUGUAGUGGAAAGAAGUAAUCGGGCUCGAGGGAAUCGAGGAGAGAGUAUAUUAUCACUGGAAGGGCACGACUCAUGA